ACGACACAGGCUUGCACAGGAUGGUAACUGGCUAACUGAUAGCUGGUAGACGAAAAGGGUAUAUAUCGCAUAGCACCGCAAGACAUCUCCCCGAUCUCCCCUCCCUUUUUCGUACAUACGCUUCUGUCUGUCAUCUGUCACCUGCACCUGAUCUCAUUGCGCCGUAGCCUGUUUAUCCACCCACCCUCGUUAUAUUAUACAAGGGCCGCUCGCCUCCUCGACGCAUAACCUCACUCCCAGUCCUUAUACACGCUCUUCACUUGACGUUCAACAAGCUAUCUCGUCGAAAUUUCGCAAGCAGACAAAGAUGAAGUUCUCCUUCGCCCUCCUCUCCCUCUUGACCGCCUCAGCGUCCGUCAACGCUAGGACCGUCAGCAAACGACAAUCCUCGACCUACACGCCUUGUAACACCGAUGCGGACUGUACGGUCCCCAAAGAGACUUGCUUCUCGUACAUCAACUAUGGGAACCCGGAUACGUUCUUCAAGUCUUGUCAGAUCAGGGGCAUCCCCGGCGGAACCUGUAACACCGACUCGGACUGUCUCUCCGACGAACGAUGCAACGCCUUUGGACACGGCAACCGAGCUUGCGUGACCAAGUCCCCCGAACAAGCUCAAGAGGGGGACAAGUGCACCUCGAACGCGCAAUGUGCGUCUUUCCAGAGUUGCGUGGAUUACGGUGCGGGCGUUCAGGCUUGUAUUUCCAAGUUCGACCCUUCUGCCAAGAUCGGGGAUAGCUGUCCUAGCGGACUCUCCGCCGAGUGUCCUUACGAUGCGGGCUGUGCGUCUUCCAACUACCCGGACACACCUGCCGUCUACAAGUGUUUCUCCAACGGUCGAUACCCUAAUCCUCCUUCGGUCGAUGGGAGACCUUAUCCUGGGACCACGACCACCGCUACUACGACUGGUACGGCUACCGAGACUGCCACGGCGACUACCUCGAACGCGACGACCGUAGCUACCGCUACCGUUACUGAAACUACGAGCCAGGUUGCCAAUGCUACUUCUACCAUGAGCGCUUCGCAAACCACGUCGAACGCCACGUCUACUGCCAGCGGAACUGUCAACGCUACUGCGCCUGCUUCGACCACUGGGACGAACGCUACCACCACCGCUAGCUCGAGCUCGGUCCCCACCGUAUCGACGUCGACCGUGAUCACCACUCACGCUGGAGAGACCGGUGCGGCCGAGGGCACUGCUACUAACCCGGCCUCGACCUCGGUCGUCCACGAGACUUCUGCCACUUCGGCUCAAGCUUCGUCUUCCGCGGUCGUCGUCCCUACCAAGGGCUCGACUCAGGCUUCUUCUGCUGAAGAGACCCAUGCCCCUUCGUCCGCUCCGGCCCCCAAGGAGACCACCUCGUCUCACCCCGUUGUCGUCGCCCCGGUACCUUCGACCACUGCCGCCCCGUCGACUUCCGUGCACGAUGCCGCUCCCACCUCGUCCCACCCUGCUCCCGCCGCUUCAUCUGACACUGGCGCUUCCUCCUCGGCCCCCGCUCCCGCUCCCGCCCCUGCCCCGACUGGUGUCGCCCAGCCUCCCGCUUGUCCCCCCGUGAUCGACCUCUCCGAAGUCCUCGCUUACCUCAAGGACAUCAAGGAAGAACUCGUCCUCGUCAAGUCCAACUUGACCGCCAUCAAGACCGAGUUGGACGAGGUCAAGACUGAGCUCUGCGCUGUGAAGAAUGCCACUAUCAAGGCUUGAAUGCUUGCAGAGUGGGAAAUGGAGAUCUGAUAAUAGUCAGAGUAGUAGUAUAGUCAACUUGGGCGAAGAAAGAGAGGUUGACGGACAAUUCGUUUGAGACAAGGACAUUUUUUUUCCCGGGAUUUAUGUAUUGCCUUUACCCAUGUGAAGGAGGAUGAAUGGUUGGAUGGUAGCUAAUUAGUAAAGAGUCUUCUUGGCCGUAUAUAUCGAUUGCGACUUCGGGUGUUCAGGCCCAGACUCGAGGCGGCCGAUGACGUUUCAGGACGAGGUCGCCUGGUUCGAUCACGUGAUAACGCUCGAGUCUCGUGCUGUUGACAACGACGUAUUUGUACACAACAUCACCAUUAUCAUAUCGAUAUAUCGCUACCCACG